AUGUAUUCCGUUUCAGAGGAAGUGAAAAAGGGGACGGUUGUCGGGAACAUCGCGAAAGAUUUGAACAUUAAUACGCACGACUUGGAAUAUCGACUGUUUCAGAUUGUGUCUGGAUCUAAUAAGAAGUAUUUCGAUGUGAAUCUGAAGACUGGAGCGCUGUUCGUAAGUGAGCGAAUUGACCGUGAGACAUUUUGCAAUUUAGACCAGAAAUGUGUCUUGAAUAUCGAGGCUCUUGCUCAGAACCCUCAUCAUCUUUAUCGGAUUGAGAUCACGAUCCUGGACAUAAAUGAUAACGCACCUCAUUUCCCACUCGACACCUUCAAACUGAAUGUGACGGAGAACGCUGUCCCUGGAGAAAGGUUUCUUCUUCCGGUAGCCGAGGACAAUGAUAUCAGCAGCAAUGCGCUGAAAGAUUACCGACUGAGUACGAAUGAGUUCUUCUCGAUAGAUGUACAGAAUGAUGAGCAGAGUGUGUCGGCUGAGUUGGUGCUGCAAAAAGCUUUAGACAGAGAAAAACUGUCAUCUCUUCGUCUGUUGCUUAGCGCCCUAGAUGGAGGAAAACCUCCCAAGUCAGGGACCUUGAAUAUAAUUGUCAACGUCAUAGAUGUCAAUGACAACAGUCCAGUUUUUAGCAAGCCUCUUUAUAAAGUAAAAGUAAAAGAAAAUAUUUCUUUAGGAACUAAAAUUUUGUCUGUCUCCGCCUCUGAUUUAGAUGAGGGCAUACACAGUGACAUAGUGUACUCGAUUCUAGGACACGGGAAGUCAAAGAAAGGUUUAUUCACCAUAAUCCCUGAUACUGGUCAAAUUGUAAUUAAUGGACAACUUGAUUAUGAAGAAAAUCGAGCCAUUGAGUUGCGAAUUCAAGCAAGAGACAAAGGCAUUCCUCCGCAGAGUACACAGUGUAAAGUUUUAGUCGAGGUUUUAGAUGAAAAUGACAACGCUCCGGAAAUUGAAACGACUCCAUUACUCGACAGCGUAAAAGAGAACACUAAACUUAGGACUGCUGUUGCUUUAGUUACAGUUUCUGAUCAUGAUGGUGGCAAAAAUGGCAUUGUGCACCUUUCAAUCAAGGGCUCUUUUCCCUUUAAAUUAGAGCAAUCGUAUAAAAACCAUUACUCCUUGCUGGUAGAUGGGCCUUUGGACAGAGAAAAUAUUUCUCAUUACCACAUUUCUCUUGCUGCUGCAGAUGAAGGGACUCCGCCUCUUUCCAGCAGCGCUGUAAUUACUGUCAAUAUCGCUGAUGUUAAUGAUAACGCUCCACGUUUCCCGACACCACUUGUAAACGCUUAUAUAAGAGAAAACGGACAGGUUGGAGAUCAUGUGGUGAAAGUUUGGGCAGAGGAUUCAGAUCUUGGUAAAAAUGCUGAACUUUCAUACUCACUGUUAGAGAAUUCCAGCGGCGGGGUUCGGGUAUCACCGAUGAUAAACGUCAAUUCUAUGAAUGGUGAAAUAUACACCAUACAGUCCUUUAACUACGAAGAAAUAAAACGACUUCAGUUUAUAGUAGAGGCUUCAGACUCGGGAGUUCCUCCACUAAGUAGUAACGUCACUGUGAACGUUUUUAUCCUGGAUGAGAAUGACAACAGUCCAGUUUUUCUCCCUCCUUAUUCUGAACCCGGGUCAGUAAACACUGAGAACAUUCCCUACUCUGCUGAAGCGGGGUAUUUUGUGGCUAAAGUCAGAGCUGUCGACGCUGAUUCAGGUUAUAAUGCACUAUUAUCUUAUCACAUCACCGAACCAAAGGGAACGAACCUCUUCCGAAUCGGAACCAGCACAGGAGAAAUAAGGACUAAAAGACGAAUGAGUGACAAUGACUUAAAAACUCACCCUCUUCUGAUCAGUGUCUCGGAUAAUGGAGAACCUUCACUGUCCACGACUCUGAGUGUUGAAGUUGUGGUUGUGGAAAACAUGGACAUCCUGCAGCCUUCACUAAGACAAGUGCCAGUAAAGGAGGAGAAUGUUUCUAAUCUGAAUCUCUAUCUGCUCAUCGCUAUUGUCUCAGUGUCAGUGAUAUUUUUACUGAGCCUCAUCGCUUUAAUAGCAGCUAAAUGCUACGGGACAGACGGUGGGUUCAGCAGGUCCAGCGCUCCAGUGGUCACUACACACCCUGACGGGAGCUGGUCUUACUCCAAAUCCACUCAGCAGUAUGAUGUGUGUUUUAGUUCCGACACACUGAAGAGUGACGUCGUGGUUUUCCCCUCGCCGUUUCCGCCUGCAGACGCAGAGCUGAUCAGCAUUAAUGAAGGAGACACUUUUAACAGGACACAAACUCUUCCUAGUGCUACAAAGAGAGGAGGAGCAUGA